GCACCACAACCAUGAAACCGAAAUAAAAAGGAUUAAUAAAAAAAAAUUUUACUUAAAAACUGGAACUAAGAGAGAGAGAGAUGUUGCAGCUUUAAGCCAAGCAAGAUCUCUCCUUUUUUUUUUUUGAAGCUUCUUCUUCUCAUCAUCUUCCUCCAAAAAAAAAUCCCAACUUUUUUGCUUUGCUUACCUGGGUUCUUCGUUUCCAGCCAUAUUCGCGUGUUCUAACCUAAAACCCAGAGAGUUCUCAGCUGAUCGAUGGAAUAAAACAUUUGUCAUCAUCAGUUCAUCACUCGUUAAAAAAAUCUGUGUACUUUUUUUUUUGGGUCCAGAUUCGAUUCGCACCAAAAUCCCCAAAUCCGCAAAAAGUUAAUAGAAUAGGGUUUUUGAGAUUUGAAAUCUCCAUUCAGAUCGAAAGAUGAAGAUGGCGACGAAUGGUCGGUUUUUCACAAUCGGGCUAGUAACGUCUUGGUACUCAUCCAACAUUGGAGUAUUGUUGCUGAACAAGUACUUGCUCAGCAACUACGGUUUCAAAUACCCAAUCUUUCUCACCAUGUGUCACAUGACUGCUUGUUCCCUGCUCAGCUACGUCGCCAUUGCUUGGUUGAAGAUGGUUCCGAUGCAGACCAUUCGAUCCCGUGUUCAGUUCUUCAAGAUCUCUGCUUUAAGCCUCGUUUUUUGUGUGUCGGUGGUCUUUGGGAACAUCUCUCUUCGGUUUCUCCCUGUUUCCUUUAACCAGGCCAUUGGUGCUACGACGCCGUUUUUCACGGCCGUGUUUGCUUACUUGAUGACCCUUAAGCGGGAGGCUUGGUUGACUUACUUCACUCUCGUCCCUGUUGUCACCGGUGUUGUUAUUGCUAGUGGGGGUGAGCCAAGCUUUCACCUGUUUGGAUUCCUUAUGUGCAUUGCAGCCACAGCUGCGAGAGCACUUAAAUCAGUGCUUCAAGGAAUUUUACUUUCUUCUGAAGGGGAAAAGCUCAACUCCAUGAAUCUCCUCCUUUACAUGGCUCCAAUAGCUGUCGUGUUCCUUCUGCCUGCUACUCUUAUCAUGGAGAAAAAUGUUGUCGGCAUUACAAUUGCACUUGCAAGAGAUGAUUUCAGGAUCGUUUGGUAUCUUCUAUUCAAUUCAGCGCUCGCCUAUUUCGUCAACUUGACUAAUUUCUUAGUCACGAAACACACUAGCGCCCUCACUCUGCAGGUGCUAGGAAACGCCAAAGGAGCUGUAGCAGUGGUGGUCUCCAUUCUAAUCUUUAAGAAUCCGGUUUCAGUAACAGGAAUGCUGGGUUACUCCCUCACCGUCUGUGGAGUGAUCCUCUACAGCGAAGCCAAGAAACGAAGCAAAUGAGAACACCAAACACACACACACCAAGCUUCUUCUUCUUCUUCUUCCUCCUCGUUCCUCCUUAUAUAUAUAUAUAUAUAUAUGUUUUAUUUUUUCUCUCCCAUAUGGAAAACACAGGCCAGUAGUCGCUUUUGCUGUUACCAAAAUCUUACACAGCAUAACUGACUCUUGUCUUAAUGAAAAGUUGGGGCAAAAGCAUGGAUAUUGUUGGCAGAAACACGAGAAGCAAAGCAACACAAGGAUGAUUGAUUUACACAAAGGCAAAGAAUUUAGAGAAUUUUCUAUGAAUAAGUAACCUUUUUUUUCUUUUUGUCCUUUCUCGGAUUCUCUUGCCUUUUCUCGUAGGUUGUUUGUUGAAGUAGCUUUUUUUGUUUUCUUCGAUUCUUUUACAUUUUUAGUUUUGGUAAUGUCAAACAUUUACAACAACACCGAUUAGUUAAUGGAAAGAGAAAAAGUUCCUAAUC